AUGAAUAGGAUCACCGUUGUGAUCGCUAUUGUCGAAGCUGUGUACACGUUUCCUGUAUGGAAUCCCGCGGAUGGAGUUGGACCUGUAAUUCCACAACAGCUCGGAGCUACAGGAGAAAGUCAUGGCAAUCCAGGUGGCCUGCAAGUGGGACCAGGACCUGUCAUAAUUCCAGAAGGAGAAAGUAAUGGCAAUCCAGGUGGCCUGCAAGUGGGACCAGGACCUGUCAUAAUUCCAGGAGAAAGUAAUGGCAAUCCAGGUGGCCUGCAAGUGGGACCAGGACCUGUCAUAAUUCCAGGAGAAAGUAAUGGCAAUCCAGGUGGCCUGCAAGUGGGACCAGGACCUGUCAUAAUUCCAGGAGAAAGUAAUGGCAAUCCAGGUGGCCUGCAAGUGGGACCAGGACCUGUCAUAAUUCCAGAAGGAGAAAGUAAUGGCAAUCCAGGUGGCCUGCAAGUGGGACCAGGACCUGUCAUAAUUCCAGGAGAAAGUAAUGGCAAUCCAGGUGGCCUGCAAGUGGGACCAGGACCUGUCAUAAUUCCAGAAGGAGAAAGUAAUGGCAAUCCAGGUGGCCUGCAAGUGGGACCAGGACCUGUCAUAAUUCCAGGAGAAAGUAAUGGCAAUCCAGGUGGCCUGCAAGUGGGACCAGGACCUGUCAUAAUUCCAGGAGAAAGUAAUGACAAUCCAGGUGGCCUGCAAGUGGGACCAGGACCUGUCAUAAUUCCAGGAGAAAGUAAUGACAAUCCAGGUGGCCUGCAAGUGGGACCAGGACCUGUCAUAAUUCCAG